UUAUAUAUUUAAUGUUAUGUAUUCACUUACUAAGUCGCAUCAAAAGCUGAUUGUCUAUGUAUAUAUGUAUGUGUGUGCAUAUAUGUGGUAGCCGUGCAACUUGAUUUUGUAUAUAUACAAGGAAUUCCAGAAGGUCCCUCCCGCGCAUUCCCAGAGUAGCUGCCACAAAGCCAUGCCGUCAUGGCAUUUCGUCGCUUUGGUAGAUCCUUGCUGUACAGUUUGCCGCUGGGCAUCACGUUCCUUGACUGCGUUGGCUAUGUGGCCCGCGUUGAUGGCACUUCCAUGCAACCCGCUUUAAAUCCCGUCGCUGAGGAGCGAGAUUAUGUGUUCCUGCUGCGUUGGGGCAUCCACAAUAGUCCGGUGGAACGUGGCGACAUCAUAUCAUUGAUAUCUCCCAAGGAUCCGGCGCAAAAGAUCAUUAAGCGUGUGGUGGGCAUGCAGGGCGACGUGGUCUCCACUCUAGGCUAUAAACACGAGAUUGUACGUGUGCCCGAUGGACAUUGUUGGGUAGAGGGCGAUCACACGGGCCAUUCGCUCGACAGCAACACAUUCGGUCCCGUUGCCUUGGGGCUGAUGUCGGCCAGAGCUGUGGCUAUUGUUUGGCCACCGGAACGUUGGAGUUUAUUGAAGACCGAGCUGCCCAGGCGACGACGUCCUAUUCAGGUGGCCAAGGCGAGCUACUACAACUGAUCGCCCAGUAGACUGAAUGCUGUUAUUGUGCACAUAUACAUGUAUAUAUAUAUAUGUAUGUAUAUGGUAAGCACAUAUAUACAUACGUAUAUGCAUGUGUGUGCGUAUUCCUACAACAUACAUAUAUUUUAAUAUCUUAAAACACAGAAAGCAGAUACCAUGUUCAAAAUUGUAAAUGCCGUUGAUAUAAAGUAGAGACAUUGUUUUAA